GUAGCGAGAGGUGGUGGAGCGUCGCUCGGAGCCCUCAGCUGGCGGGGGCUUGCUUUGCAACCCGGUUAAUAUAUGGUACAUUUAACAACAACCCUAAGGGGAAAAAAUACAGCUUGUUUCCCCCCUCCCCCCAUCCAAGAAGGUCAGGAUGUCGGUUGCCGGCUUGAAGAAGCAAUUCCAUAAAGCCAGUCAGUUUGUUAGUGAGAAAAUGGGCGGAGCUGAGGGGACAAAGCUAGAUGAUGACUUUGUGGAGAUGGAACGGAAAAUAGAAGCUACAAGUAAAGCUGUGGCGGAAGUUUUGUCUAAAACAACAGAGUACCUGCAGCCAAAUCCAGCUUACAGAGCCAAGUUGGGCAUGCUAAACACUAUGUCAAAGAUCCGAGGACAAGUUAAAACAACAGGGUACCCUCAACCUGAAGGCCUGUUGGGUGAAUGUAUGCUCCGAAAUGGAAAGGACCUUGGAGAUGAUACCAAUUUUGGACCCGCAUUGGUGGAUGUUGGUGAAGCUCUGAAACAAAUGGCAGAAGUAAAAGAUUCCCUUGAUAUUGAUGUAAAACAGAAUUUUAUUGAUCCACUGCAAAUCUUACAGGAAAAAGACUUAAAAGAAAUUGGACAUCACUUAAAAAAGUUGGAAGGUCGCCGUCUAGAUUAUGAUUACAAAAAGAAACGCCAUGGUAAAAUCCCCGAUGAAGAGAUAAGACAAGCAGUGGACAAAUUUGAGGAGUCCAAAGAGCUCGCUGAGAUCAGUAUGUUUAACUUCUUGGAAAAUGAUGUAGAGCAAAUAAGCCAGCUGUUAGCUCUAGUGGAAGCAGCCUUGAACUAUCAUAAAGAAUCCACUACAAUACUGGAGCAGCUUCAUGGCACACUACAAAACAGGAUAAGUACAGCCUCCAGUCGUCCGAAGCGUGAUUAUAAACCAAAACCUGCGGUGGCUUCAUCUUUUGAGCCUAGUGAUAACCAACAGCACAAUGGUCUUUCGUACAAUUCUUCCUUCAAGUCAUCUGCUAAACCUUCCCCAUUCAGGUUCCUCCGCAGGUCAAAGCAUACAUGUCCACCUUCUUCCUCUACACAAGUUGAUCAGCCUUGCUGUAAAGCUCUUUAUGACUUUGAUCCUGAAAAUGACGGGGAGCUUGGAUUCAAGGAAGGUGAUAUCAUCACUCUCACCAAUCAGAUCGACGAAAAUUGGUUUGAAGGCAUGUUGAAUGGUGAAUCUGGGUUCUUUCCAAUUAAUUAUGUUCAAGUGAUCGUUCCUUUGCCACAGUGAAACUGGUCCAGUUUUGUAAGUUUUCGGAUAUCAGCUUAUGUUGAAGGCCGAUUGAACACAGACAUUCAUCAGUGUGGCAUUCUGUGAAAGCCUUGCUAUUUGAUUGACUUUUGUACAUGUCUUCUAUUUGUCUAUUUAUUUUUUUACAUGUUCCAUUUGUAUUGAAAAUGUUCGUCUUUUGCUACAAGAGUAAUGCAAAUCUAACCUAUUUCUGCCAUGAAGUUUACAGUUUUUAAGUAUAUGGCUGUAUCUAUUUAACUUUUAUUUGUGCUCCAAAUCUUCUGUUGCUGAUUACAGUGGGAAAAUUUUCUAUUUAGCUGUAAUGAAGAAUAUUCUUGAUACAGUUUAAUUAUUGUGGUUAUACUUAACUGUUAUUAACUUUUUAAAAUUCUGAUGUGUUCUUGAGCCAUUAUAUUUGGCAAUGUAAUUUAUUGUUAUGCAAAGAGAUGUCAUAAUAAAUGUGUGGACAAAAACCAUAACUUAUGUAGUGAUAGCUCUUGUUGUUAAGUAGCUUUUGUCAAUUACACAUUUGCAUUUUAUGUAUUUUAAGUACUUGAAGGGGGAGGAAAAAAGACUUGAAUGUACUUUUAUUCAUUUAAAAACCAUGCACUGUAUUUAAGAUUGCACAAUGUUCUGGCUUUUUGCCCAGAAGACAGGAAUAACAGCAGUAAACCCUUUUUUGCCCUGUGAAAGUCUCAAGAUUUGUAAUGUGAAAACAAUACCCUUUGAGAUGUCGAUGCCCAACGAUACUGUGUAUGUGGUGCAUUUCCUGAUCCACAUAGCUAGAUGAUGAAGGUGUGGAUAAUGGGACAGGACCAUCAGAGAGUGGACGUCUGGAAACAAGCAAUAUAUCUUUCCUUUCUCAAUAACAUCUAAGAAUUUGGGUGAGCUGAAGAAUGGCUUUGAAACAUUUUGAAUCCAGGUGAGCAGAAGAAUAGUUUUGAAACAGAAAAAAAUG